AUGUCGACUCCUGAAGCUGGAAACUCAAAUGGUUUUCCUAAAUUACCGCCUCCACCAACGGACAGUACGCAGCCGUCUGGCGCUAAUGGUUCCAACAAUGCCACCUCGAAUCGACUGAAGCAGACACAAGCGCAGGUUGACGAAGUGGUCGGCAUUAUGCGCGUGAACGUGGAAAAAGUAUUAGAACGCGAUCAAAAACUUUCCGAACUGGAUCAGCGGGCCGAUGCACUACAGCACGGUGCAUCGCAAUUCGAACAGCAAGCCGGCAAACUGAAGAGAAAACAAUGGUGGGCCAACAUGAAGAUGAUGAUCAUCAUGGGCGUCAUUGGUGUGGUGCUGUUAAUAAUUAUCAUUCUUUGGAUUGUUCCGAGUGGUGGAUCUUACAGUUCUCCUGCGAUUGAAACACCCGCAACAACGGUUAAGCAGGAGGUAACCGAAACACCGCAGCUAUGA